AGAGUUGUGAUCCAUCCAUCAAUCCAUGGAGUUGGAGCCGUCGUCGGCGCAAGACCUGGGCACGCUCUUCCGGCGUCUCCUGCAGCUGAUGGCCGCACGGUCCGGCGACCACGAGAAGCUAUUGGGCGAGCUAGAGGACGCGGCGGCGGCGGAGGCGAUGGCUGGAUGGCCUCGCGAUGUCGUCAUCGACAUGGCCGCCGCGAGCGAGGGGGACACCGAUCUCCAUCGGACGGCCGCGAGCGGGGACGGCGACCGCUACCUCGAGUGCGCGAGGGUGGCCUACGACAAGGACAAGAGCCGGUUGACGGCGCGCAACUGGGACGGCGAUACGCCGCUGCACUGCGCCGCCAGGGCCGGGAACCCCAACAUGGUCAGACGCCUCAUCGAGCUCGCCGGAGAGGACGAUGGUGGAGGCGGCGAGAGGGCCAAGGCCAUGGUGGGGAUUAGGAACCGGCGGGGGGAGACGGCGCUGCACGAGGCCAUCCGCUCCGGCGACAAGGACAUGGUCCGAGAUUUAAUGGCGGUGGAUAAUCAACUUGCUCGCGUGGAUGCACACGAUGGUACCUCGCCUCUCUUCCUUGCCGUCUCACUGAGCCAUGACCGUCUUGCCCGUUCGCUCUACCAAGAGUACGACAAGUUGUCGUCUUACUCUGGCCCCGAGGGCCAAAAUGUCUUGCAUGCUGCUGCUCUCCACGGCUAUCGACACAGCAAAGGGAUGACAAAACAACUACUUAUGUGGAACAAUAAUCUUGCCAGACAAGCGGAUGACAAUGGAAGUAUACCGUUGCACUUUGCUGCAUCAGCAGAAGAUCCUUCACUGGAGUUAUUUCUGUUUCUUUAUGCUGAACGGAACUUCGAAUUAUACCUCUUGACCUUGUCCCUCUCCAUUUCCCCAAAGGAAUGGGUAUAUGGGUUCUAUAAGUGGAGGGAGCAUCCAACCUUUCUACUGUUGAAAGCUAAUGAACAAUCGGCAUUUCAGCCGGACAGGAAUGGGUUGUAUCCGGCACAUGUGGCUGCCUCCGCAGGAAGCUUGGUGCCAAUCAUCGUCUUACUCUGCCAUUCUCCUGGUUGCGCCGGUCUGCGUGAUGCUCAGGGCAGGACCUUCCUUCAUGUUGCCGUGGAGAAGAAGAUGCUUAACAUUGUGUGGUUUGUGGCCAGCAGGUCAGAGUAUAAGGCCAUCAUUAACAUACAAGACUAUGACGGGAACACCGCCUUGCACCUAGCUGUCCUUGGAGGGAACUGGGACAUCUUCAAAAGUCUCAUCAAUAACAAGCACGUCCGCUUAAAUUUGACAAACAAGGAUGGUGCAACUCCCAUGGAUGUUGCGCUUAGCAAAGUUCCUCCUAGUGGAUUAUAUUUUGGACUGCAUGCACGACGUCGAAUCCUAGUGACUCUAACACUGACAAAUGCAAAAAUGAGCUACCGCCGGCGCGAUUGCUUCGUGGACCAACAUGUUCCCAAACUAAAUGAGGAAGAAGAAUCUGCGAAAAUAACGUCCUUCGCACAGAUUGUUGGAGUUGGCUCCGUUCUGGUGGCAACUGCAACCUUCGCUGCGGCUUUCACCAUGCCCGGCGGCGCCAACAAUAGUGAGAAUACCCUACCGAAUGGCAUCGGCGGCACGCCUUCGCUCGCCGGGUUGUACGCCUUUGACGGCUUCAUCAUCUCCAACACCCUCGCCUUCAUCUGCUCUACCCUGGCCACCUUCAGCCUCGUCUACACCGGGGUGGCAACGGUGGACAUAGAGAAGCGGGUCAAGCUAGUGGCCUUCUCCCUGGCGCUGCUCAUCAGCGCAGCUAGAAGCUUCUGCGCCGCCUUCGCGUUCGCCAUAUAUGUUGUGCUCCCAGCCAAGGUGGCUUAUGGGACUGCCAUAGCAGUAUGCGUGAUGACGACGCUCUCAUUGAUGGACGCGGUUUGGUUCAUCUAUGCCAUCGUGACUGAUACAACGGUUCUUCUGAACAGGGAAGACUGGGGGUCAAUGUCCAAGCGGGUGAUGAAACUAGGGACUAGAAUCCUAGUCAACGCUGGGUACGUGUUCUGGCCCUACCUCGUCAUCUUCGGUCUGUUGGGCAUCAAAACCAUCACUGGCCAUGAACGCAUUUUUCCACCUGCACCAGCCCCACUCUCCCACAGACAACUCUAAGGGCCUGCAUGUCUCCUUCGUAAGCAUCUAUUUAAUUUGUUCAAUUAUCGGAAGUAUGCCCUAGAGACAAGCAUGUGAUGAUAUAUCUCCUUAUGUAUUCAUGGAUUACUGUAUUGUCUUUAAACAUCAUCACUGAUAUGUACCAAUAAAUACAUGAUUUGUUUGUGAGAUUAUA